CACCUUGUCAGCGCCGGGACUGAACAUCCCGCCGGAUUACAUUCCGGACCCCUCUCGAAUCAAGCAGCUCGCAUGGAAGCCCAGGGCUUUCCUUUAUCCCAAUUUCCUCUCUGCUGCGGAGUGUGAUUACAUCGUCAACAUGUCGCGCCCACUAAUGGAGCGGUCGACAGUGGUGGGGCAGGGAGGGAAGAGCGUGGUUGACACCAUCCGGACCAGCAAUGGCUGCUUCAUCGAUAAGUACAAGGACCCAGUCAUCAUGCGCAUAGAGGAGCGCAUUGGUGACUGGACCUUCCUGCCUCUUGCCAACCAGGAGGCGAUGCAGGUGCUGCAGUACCAGUACGGGCAGAAGUACGGCGCCCACUGGGACUAUUAUGACGAUAAGACCGCCCAGCCGGGCGGGCCCCGAUACGCCACUGUGCUCAUGUACCUCACUGACGUGGUCAAGGGUGGAGAGACUGUGUUCCCGCAGUCUGAGGAGGACUCCACAGUGAAGGAUGACAGCUGGAGUGACUGCGGCAAGCAGGGAAUUGCAGUGAAGCCAGCCAAGGGCAGUGCGCUGCUCUUUUUCAGCAUGAACCCCAAUGGCUCCUUUGAUACAGCCUCACUGCACUCCGGCUGCCCUGUGAUCGAAGGAGAGAAGUGGUCGGCCACCAAGUGGAUCCACGUUGACUCCUUUGACCCGCCCUUCCGUGACCCGGACGUGUGCCAGGUAGACGAAGACAAUUGUCUCUUCUUCUCAUGUGUCUUCUUCUCAUGUGUCUUCUUCUCAUGUGUCUUCUUCUCAUGUGUCUUCUUCUCAUGUGUCUUCUUCUCAUGUGUCUUCUUCUCAUGUGUCUUCUUCUCAUGUGUCUUCUUCUCAUGUUCCUUCUUCUCAUGUGUCUUCUUCUCAUGUGUCUUCUUCUCAUGUGUCUUCUUCUCAUGUGUCUUCUUCUCAUGUGUCUUCUUCUCAUGUGUCUUCUUCUCAUGUGUCUUCUUCUCAUGUGUCUUCUUCUCAUGUGUCUUCUUCUCAUGUGUCUUCUUCUCAUGUGUCUUCUUCUCAUGUGUCUUCUUCUCAUGUGUCUUCUUCUCAUGUGUCUUCUUCUCAUGUGUCUUCUUCUCAUGUGUCUUCUUCUCAUGUGUCUUCUUCUCAUGUGUCUUCUUCUCAUGUGUCUUCUUCUCAUGUGUCUUCUUCUCAUGUGUCUUCUUCUCAUGUGUCUUCUUCUCAUGUGUCUUCUUCUCAUGUGUCUUCUUCUCAUGUGUCUUCUUCUCAUGUGUCUUCUUCUCAUGUGUCUUCUUCUCAUGUGUCUUCUUCUCAUGUGUCUUCUUCUCAUGUGUCUUCUUCUCAUGUGUCUUCUUCUCAUGUGUCUUCUUCUCAUGUGUCUUCUUCUCAUGUGUCUUCUUCUCAUGUGUCUUCUUCUCAUGUGUCUUCUUCUCAUGUGUCUUCUUCUCAUGUGUCUUCUUCUCAUGUGUCUUCUUCUCAUGUGUCUUCUUCUCAUGUGUCUUCUUCUCAUGUGUCUUCUUCUCAUGUGUCUUCUUCUCAUGUGUCUUCUUCUCAUGUGUCUUCUUCUCAUGUGUCUUCUUCUCAUGUGUCUUCUUCUCAUGUGUCUUCUUCUCAUGUGUCUUCUUCUCAUGUGUCUUCUUCUCAUGUGUCUUCUUCUCAUGUGUCUUCUUCUCAUGUGUCUUCUUCUCAUGUGUCUUCUUCUCAUGUGUCUUCUUCUCAUGUGUCUUCUUCUCAUGUGUCUUCUUCUCAUGUGUCUUCUUCUCAUGUGUCUUCUUCUCAUGUGUCUUCUUCUCAUGUGUCUUCUUCUCAUGUGUCUUCUUCUCAUGUGUCUUCUUCUCAUGUGUCUUCUUCUCAUGUGUCUUCUUCUCAUGUGUCUUCUUCUCAUGUGUCUUCUUCUCAUGUGUCUUCUUCUCAUGUGUCUUCUUCUCAUGUGUCUUCUUCUCAUGUGUCUUCUUCUCAUGUGUCUUCUUCUCAUGUGUCUUCUUCUCAUGUGUCUUCUUCUCAUGUGUCUUCUUCUCAUGUGUCUUCUUCUCAUGUGUCUUCUUCUCAUGUGUCUUCUUCUCAUGUGUCUUCUUCUCAUGUGUCUUCUUCUCAUGUGUCUUCUUCUCAUGUGUCUUCUUCUCAUGUGUCUUCUUCUCAUGUGUCUUCUUCUCAUGUGUCUUCUUCUCAUGUGUCUUCUUCUCAUGUGUCUUCUUCUCAUGUGUCUUCUUCUCAUGUGUCUUCUUCUCAUGUGUCUUCUUCUCAUGUGUCUUCUUCUCAUGUGUCUUCUUCUCAUGUGUCUUCUUCUCAUGUGUCUUCUUCUCAUGUGUCUUCUUCUCAUGUGUCUUCUUCUCAUGUGUCUUCUUCUCAUGUGUCUUCUUCUCAUGUGUCUUCUUCUCAUGUGUCUUCUUCUCAUGUGUCUUCUUCUCAUGUGUCUUCUUCUCAUGUGUCUUCUUCUCAUGUGUCUUCUUCUCAUGUGUCUUCUUCUCAUGUGUCUUCUUCUCAUGUGUCUUCUUCUCAUGUGUCUUCUUCUCAUGUGUCUUCUUCUCAUGUGUCUUCUUCUCAUGUGUCUUCUUCUCAUGUGUCUUCUUCUCAUGUGUCUUCUUCUCAUGUGUCUUCUUCUCAUGUGUCUUCCUUCUCAUGUGUCUUCUUCUCAUGUGUCUUCUUCUCAUGUGUCUUCUUCUCAUGUUCUUUCUUCUCAUGUGUCUUCUUCUCAUGUGUCUUCUUCUCAUGUGUCUUCUUCUCAUGUGUCUUCUUCUCAUGUGUCUUCUUCUCAUGUGUCUUCUUCUCAUGUGUCGUCUUCUCAUGUGUCUUUGGUCCUUCUCAUGUGUCUUCUUCUCAUGUUGUGUCUUCUUCUCAUGUGGUCUUCCUUCUCAUGUGUCUUCUUCUCAUGUGUCUUCUUCUCAUGGUGUCUUCUUCUCAUGUGUUCCUUCUUCUCAUGUGUCUUCUUCCAUGUGUCUUCUUCUCAAUGUGGUCUUCUUCUCAUGUGUCUUCUUCUCAUGUGGUCCUUCUUCUCAUGUGUCUUCUUCUCAUGGUCUUCUUCUCAUGUGUAUUCUUCUCAUGUGGUCCUUCUUCUCAUCGUGUCUUCUUCUCAUGUGUCUUCUUCUCAUUGUGUCUUCUUCUCAUGUCUUCUUCUCAUGUGUCUUCUUCUCAUGUGUCUUCUUCUCAUGUGUCUUCUUCUCAUGUGUCUUCUUCUCAUGUGUCUUCUUCUCAUGUGUCUUCUUCUCAUGUGUCUUCUUCUCAUGUGUCUUCUUCUCAUGUGUCUUCUUCUCAUGUGUCUUCUUCUCAUGUGUCUUCUUCUCAUGUGUCUUCUUCUCAUGUGUCUUCUUCUCAUGUGUCUUCUUCUCAUGUGUCUUCUUCUCAUGUGUCUUCUUCUCAUGUGUCUUCUUCUCAUGUGUCUUCUUCUCAUGUGUCUUCUUCUCAUGUGUCUUCUUCUCAUGUGUCUUCUUCUCAUGUGUCUUCUUCUCAUGUGUCUUCUUCUCAUGUGUCUUCUUCUCAUGUGUCUUCUUCUCAUGUGUCUUCUUCUCAUGUGUCUUCUUCUCAUGUGUCUUCUUCUCAUGUGUCUUCUUCUCAUGUGUCUUCUUCUCAUGUGUCUUCUUCUCAUGUGUCUUCUUCUCAUGUGUCUUCUUCUCAUGUGUCUUCUUCUCAUGUGUCUUCUUCUCAUGUGUCUUCUUCUCAUGUGUCUUCUUCUCAUGUGUCUUCUUCUCAUGUGUCUUCUUCUCAUGUGUCUUCUUCUCAUGUGUCUUCUUCUCAUGUGUCUUCUUCUCAUGUGUCUUCUUCUCAUGUGUCUUCUUCUCAUGUGUCUUCUUCUCAUGUGUCUUCUUCUCAUGUGUCUUCUUCUCAUGUGUCUUCUUCUCAUGUGUCUUCUUCUCAUGUGUCUUCUUCUCAUGUGUCUUCUUCUCAUGUGUCUUCUUCUCAUGUGUCUUCUUCUCAUGUGUCUUCUUCUCAUGUGUCUUCUUCUCAUGUGUCUUCUUCUCAUGUGUCUUCUUCUCAUGUGUCUUCUUCUCAUGUGUCUUCUUCUCAUGUGUCUUCUUCUCAUGUGUCUUCUUCUCAUGUGUCUUCUUCUCAUGUGUCUUCUUCUCAUGUGUCUUCUUCUCAUGUGUCUUCUUCUCAUGUGUCUUCUUCUCAUGUGUCUUCUUCUCAUGUGUCUUCUUCUCAUGUGUCUUCUUCUCAUGUGUCUUCUUCUCAUGUGUCUUCUUCUCAUGUGUCUUCUUCUCAUGUGUCUUCUUCUCAUGUGUCUUCUUCUCAUGUGUCUUCUUCUCAUGUGUCUUCUUCUCAUGUGUCUUCUUCUCAUGUGUCUUCUUCUCAUGUGUCUUCUUCUCAUGUGUCUUCUUCUCAUGUGUCUUCUUCUCAUGUGUCUUCUUCUCAUGUGUCUUCUUCUCAUGUGUCUUCUUCUCAUGUGUCUUCUUCUCAUGUGUCUUCUUCUCAUGUGUCUUCUUCUCAUGUGUCUUCUUCUCAUGUGUCUUCUUCUCAUGUGUCUUCUUCUCAUGUGUCUUCUUCUCAUGUGUCUUCUUCUCAUGUGUCUUCUUCUCAUGUGUCUUCUUCUCAUGUGUCUUCUUCUCAUGUGUCUUCUUCUCAUGUGUCUUCUUCUCAUGUGUCUUCUUCUCAUGUGUCUUCUUCUCAUGUGUCUUCUUCUCAUGUGUCUUCUUCUCAUGUGUCUUCUUCUCAUGUGUCUUCUUCUCAUGUGUCUUCUUCUCAUGUGUCUUCUUCUCAUGUGUCUUCUUCUCAUGUGUCUUCUUCUCAUGUGUCUUCUUCUCAUGUGUCUUCUUCUCAUGUGUCUUCUUCUCAUGUGUCUUCUUCUCAUGUGUCUUCUUCUCAUGUGUCUUCUUCUCAUGUGUCUUCUUCUCAUGUGUCUUCUUCUCAUGUGUCUUCUUCUCAUGUGUCUUCUUCUCAUGUGUCUUCUUCUCAUGUGUCUUCUUCUCAUGUGUCUUCUUCUCAUGUGUCUUCUUCUCAUGUGUCUUCUUCUCAUGUGUCUUCUUCUCAUGUGUCUUCUUCUCAUGUGUCUUCUUCUCAUGUGUCUUCUUCUCAUGUGUCUUCUUCUCAUGUGUCUUCUUCUCAUGUGUCUUCUUCUCAUGUGUCUUCUUCUCAUGUGUCUUCUUCUCAUGUGUCUUCUUCUCAUGUGUCUUCUUCUCAUGUGUCUUCUUCUCAUGUGUCUUCUUCUCAUGUGUCUUCUUCUCAUGUGUCUUCUUCUCAUGUGUCUUCUUCUCAUGUGUCUUCUUCUCAUGUGUCUUCUUCUCAUGUGUCUUCUUCUCAUGUGUCUUCUUCUCAUGUGUCUUCUUCUCAUGUGUCUUCUUCUCAUGUGUCUUCUUCUCAUGUGUCUUCUUCUCAUGUGUCUUCUUCUCAUGUGUCUUCUUCUCAUGUGUCUUCUUCUCAUGUGUCUUCUUCUCAUGUGUCUUCUUCUCAUGUGUCUUCUUCUCAUGUGUCUUCUUCUCAUGUGUCUUCUUCUCAUGUGUCUUCUUCUCAUGUGUCUUCUUCUCAUGUGUCUUCUUCUCAUGUGUCUUCUUCUCAUGUGUCUUCUUCUCAUGUGUCUUCUUCUCAUGUGUCUUCUUCUCAUGUGUCUUCUUCUCAUGUGUCUUCUUCUCAUGUGUCUUCUUCUCAUGUGUCUUCUUCUCAUGUGUCUUCUUCUCAUGUGUCUUCUUCUCAUGUGUCUUCUUCUCAUGUGUCUUCUUCUCAUGUGUCUUCUUCUCAUGUGUCUUCUUCUCAUGUGUCUUCUUCUCAUGUGUCUUCUUCUCAUGUGUCUUCUUCUCAUGUGUCUUCUUCUCAUGUGUCUUCUUCUCAUGUGUCUUCUUCUCAUGUGUCUUCUUCUCAUGUGUCUUCUUCUCAUGUGUCUUCUUCUCAUGUGUCUUCUUCUCAUGUGUCUUCUUCUCAUGUGUCUUCUUCUCAUGUGUCUUCUUCUCAUGUGUCUUCUUCUCAUGUGUCUUCUUCUCAUGUGUCUUCUUCUCAUGUGUCUUCUUCUCAUGUGUCUUCUUCUCAUGUGUCUUCUUCUCAUGUGUCUUCUUCUCAUGUGUCUUCUUCUCAUGUGUCUUCUUCUCAUGUGUCUUCUUCUCAUGUGUCUUCUUCUCAUGUGUCUUCUUCUCAUGUGUCUUCUUCUCAUGUGUCUUCUUCUCAUGUGUCUUCUUCUCAUGUGUCUUCUUCUCAUGUGUCUUCUUCUCAUGUGUCUUCUUCUCAUGUGUCUUCUUCUCAUGUGUCUUCUUCUCAUGUGUCUUCUUCUCAUGUGUCUUCUUCUCAUGUGUCUUCUUCUCAUGUGUCUUCUUCUCAUGUGUCUUCUUCUCAUGUGUCUUCUUCUCAUGUGUCUUCUUCUCAUGUGUCUUCUUCUCAUGUGUCUUCUUCUCAUGUGUCUUCUUCUCAUGUGUCUUCUUCUCAUGUGUCUUCUUCUCAUGUGUCUUCUUCUCAUGUGUCUUCUUCUCAUGUGUCUUCUUCUCAUGUGUCUUCUUCUCAUGUGUCUUCUUCUCAUGUGUCUUCUUCUCAUGUGUCUUCUUCUCAUGUGUCUUCUUCUCAUGUGUCUUCUUCUCAUGUGUCUUCUUCUCAUGUGUCUUCUUCUCAUGUGUCUUCUUCUCAUGUGUCUUCUUCUCAUGUGUCUUCUUCUCAUGUGUCUUCUUCUCAUGUGUCUUCUUCUCAUGUGUCUUCUUCUCAUGUGUCUUCUUCUCAUGUGUCUUCUUCUCAUGUGUCUUCUUCUCAUGUGUCUUCUUCUCAUGUGUCUUCUUCUCAUGUGUCUUCUUCUCAUGUGUCUUCUUCUCAUGUGUCUUCUUCUCAUGUGUCUUCUUCUCAUGUGUCUUCUUCUCAUGUGUCUUCUUCUCAUGUGUCUUCUUCUCAUGUGUCUUCUUCUCAUGUGUCUUCUUCUCAUGUGUCUUCUUCUCAUGUGUCUUCUUCUCAUGUGUCUUCUUCUCAUGUGUCUUCUUCUCAUGUGUCUUCUUCUCAUGUGUCUUCUUCUCAUGUGUCUUCUUCUCAUGUGUCUUCUUCUCAUGUGUCUUCUUCUCAUGUGUCUUCUUCUCAUGUGUCUUCUUCUCAUGUGUCUUCUUCUCAUGUGUCUUCUUCUCAUGUGUCUUCUUCUCAUGUGUCUUCUUCUCAUGUGUCUUCUUCUCAUGUGUCUUCUUCUCAUGUGUCUUCUUCUCAUGUGUCUUCUUCUCAUGUGUCUUCUUCUCAUGUGUCUUCUUCUCAUGUGUCUUCUUCUCAUGUGUCUUCUUCUCAUGUGUCUUCUUCUCAUGUGUCUUCUUCUCAUGUGUCUUCUUCUCAUGUGUCUUCUUCUCAUGUGUCUUCUUCUCAUGUGUCUUCUUCUCAUGUGUCUUCUUCUCAUGUGUCUUCUUCUCAUGUGUCUUCUUCUCAUGUGUCUUCUUCUCAUGUGUCUUCUUCUCAUGUGUCUUCUUCUCAUGUGUCUUCUUCUCAUGUGUCUUCUUCUCAUGUGUCUUCUUCUCAUGUGUCUUCUUCUCAUGUGUCUUCUUCUCAUGUGUCUUCUUCUCAUGUGUCUUCUUCUCAUGUGUCUUCUUCUCAUGUGUCUUCUUCUCAUGUGUCUUCUUCUCAUGUGUCUUCUUCUCAUGUGUCUUCUUCUCAUGUGUCUUCUUCUCAUGUGUCUUCUUCUCAUGUGUCUUCUUCUCAUGUGUCUUCUUCUCAUGUGUCUUCUUCUCAUGUGUCUUCUUCUCAUGUGUCUUCUUCUCAUGUGUCUUCUUCUCAUGUGUCUUCUUCUCAUGUGUCUUCUUCUCAUGUGUCUUCUUCUCAUGUGUCUUCUUCUCAUGUGUCUUCUUCUCAUGUGUCUUCUUCUCAUGUGUCUUCUUCUCAUGUGUCUUCUUCUCAUGUGUCUUCUUCUCAUGUGUCUUCUUCUCAUGUGUCUUCUUCUCAUGUGUCUUCUUCUCAUGUGUCUUCUUCUCAUGUGUCUUCUUCUCAUGUGUCUUCUUCUCAUGUGUCUUCUUCUCAUGUGUCUUCUUCUCAUGUGUCUUCUUCUCAUGUGUCUUCUUCUCAUGUGUCUUCUUCUCAUGUGUCUUCUUCUCAUGUGUCUUCUUCUCAUGUGUCUUCUUCUCAUGUGUCUUCUUCUCAUGUGUCUUCUUCUCAUGUGUCUUCUUCUCAUGUGUCUUCUUCUCAUGUGUCUUCUUCUCAUGUGUCUUCUUCUCAUGUGUCUUCUUCUCAUGUGUCUUCUUCUCAUGUGUCUUCUUCUCAUGUGUCUUCUUCUCAUGUGUCUUCUUCUCAUGUGUCUUCUUCUCAUGUGUCUUCUUCUCAUGUGUCUUCUUCUCAUGUGUCUUCUUCUCAUGUGUCUUCUUCUCAUGUGUCUUCUUCUCAUGUGUCUUCUUCUCAUGUGUCUUCUUCUCAUGUGUCUUCUUCUCAUGUGUCUUCUUCUCAUGUGUCUUCUUCUCAUGUGUCUUCUUCUCAUGUGUCUUCUUCUCAUGUGUCUUCUUCUCAUGUGUCUUCUUCUCAUGUGUCUUCUUCUCAUGUGUCUUCUUCUCAUGUGUCUUCUUCUCAUGUGUCUUCUUCUCAUGUGUCUUCUUCUCAUGUGUCUUCUUCUCAUGUGUCUUCUUCUCAUGUGUCUUCUUCUCAUGUGUCUUCUUCUCAUGUGUCUUCUUCUCAUGUGUCUUCUUCUCAUGUGUCUUCUUCUCAUGUGUCUUCUUCUCAUGUGUCUUCUUCUCAUGUGUCUUCUUCUCAUGUGUCUUCUUCUCAUGUGUCUUCUUCUCAUGUGUCUUCUUCUCAUGUGUCUUCUUCUCAUGUGUCUUCUUCUCAUGUGUCUUCUUCUCAUGUGUCUUCUUCUCAUGUGUCUUCUUCUCAUGUGUCUUCUUCUCAUGUGUCUUCUUCUCAUGUGUCUUCUUCUCAUGUGUCUUCUUCUCAUGUGUCUUCUUCUCAUGUGUCUUCUUCUCAUGUGUCUUCUUCUCAUGUGUCUUCUUCUCAUGUGUCUUCUUCUCAUGUGUCUUCUUCUCAUGUGUCUUCUUCUCAUGUGUCUUCUUCUCAUGUGUCUUCUUCUCAUGUGUCUUCUUCUCAUGUGUCUUCUUCUCAUGUGUCUUCUUCUCAUGUGUCUUCUUCUCAUGUGUCUUCUUCUCAUGUGUCUUCUUCUCAUGUGUCUUCUUCUCAUGUGUCUUCUUCUCAUGUGUCUUCUUCUCAUGUGUCUUCUUCUCAUGUGUCUUCUUCUCAUGUGUCUUCUUCUCAUGUGUCUUCUUCUCAUGUGUCUUCUUCUCAUGUGUCUUCUUCUCAUGUGUCUUCUUCUCAUGUGUCUUCUUCUCAUGUGUCUUCUUCUCAUGUGUCUUCUUCUCAUGUGUCUUCUUCUCAUGUGUCUUCUUCUCAUGUGUCUUCUUCUCAUGUGUCUUCUUCUCAUGUGUCUUCUUCUCAUGUGUCUUCUUCUCAUGUGUCUUCUUCUCAUGUGUCUUCUUCUCAUGUGUCUUCUUCUCAUGUGUCUUCUUCUCAUGUGUCUUCUUCUCAUGUGUCUUCUUCUCAUGUGUCUUCUUCUCAUGUGUCUUCUUCUCAUGUGUCUUCUUCUCAUGUGUCUUCUUCUCAUGUGUCUUCUUCUCAUGUGUCUUCUUCUCAUGUGUCUUCUUCUCAUGUGUCUUCUUCUCAUGUGUCUUCUUCUCAUGUGUCUUCUUCUCAUGUGUCUUCUUCUCAUGUGUCUUCUUCUCAUGUGUCUUCUUCUCAUGUGUCUUCUUCUCAUGUGUCUUCUUCUCAUGUGUCUUCUUCUCAUGUGUCUUCUUCUCAUGUGUCUUCUUCUCAUGUGUCUUCUUCUCAUGUGUCUUCUUCUCAUGUGUCUUCUUCUCAUGUGUCUUCUUCUCAUGUGUCUUCUUCUCAUGUGUCUUCUUCUCAUGUGUCUUCUUCUCAUGUGUCUUCUUCUCAUGUGUCUUCUUCUCAUGUGUCUUCUUCUCAUGUGUCUUCUUCUCAUGUGUCUUCUUCUCAUGUGUCUUCUUCUCAUGUGUCUUCUUCUCAUGUGUCUUCUUCUCAUGUGUCUUCUUCUCAUGUGUCUUCUUCUCAUGUGUCUUCUUCUCAUGUGUCUUCUUCUCAUGUGUCUUCUUCUCAUGUGUCUUCUUCUCAUGUGUCUUCUUCUCAUGUGUCUUCUUCUCAUGUGUCUUCUUCUCAUGUGUCUUCUUCUCAUGUGUCUUCUUCUCAUGUGUCUUCUUCUCAUGUGUCUUCUUCUCAUGUGUCUUCUUCUCAUGUGUCUUCUUCUCAUGUGUCUUCUUCUCAUGUGUCUUCUUCUCAUGUGUCUUCUUCUCAUGUGUCUUCUUCUCAUGUGUCUUCUUCUCAUGUGUCUUCUUCUCAUGUGUCUUCUUCUCAUGUGUCUUCUUCUCAUGUGUCUUCUUCUCAUGUGUCUUCUUCUCAUGUGUCUUCUUCUCAUGUGUCUUCUUCUCAUGUGUCUUCUUCUCAUGUGUCUUCUUCUCAUGUGUCUUCUUCUCAUGUGUCUUCUUCUCAUGUGUCUUCUUCUCAUGUGUCUUCUUCUCAUGUGUCUUCUUCUCAUGUGUCUUCUUCUCAUGUGUCUUCUUCUCAUGUGUCUUCUUCUCAUGUGUCUUCUUCUCAUGUGUCUUCUUCUCAUGUGUCUUCUUCUCAUGUGUCUUCUUCUCAUGUGUCUUCUUCUCAUGUGUCUUCUUCUCAUGUGUCUUCUUCUCAUGUGUCUUCUUCUCAUGUGUCUUCUUCUCAUGUGUCUUCUUCUCAUGUGUCUUCUUCUCAUGUGUCUUCUUCUCAUGUGUCUUCUUCUCAUGUGUCUUCUUCUCAUGUGUCUUCUUCUCAUGUGUCUUCUUCUCAUGUGUCUUCUUCUCAUGUGUCUUCUUCUCAUGUGUCUUCUUCUCAUGUGUCUUCUUCUCAUGUGUCUUCUUCUCAUGUGUCUUCUUCUCAUGUGUCUUCUUCUCAUGUGUCUUCUUCUCAUGUGUCUUCUUCUCAUGUGUCUUCUUCUCAUGUGUCUUCUUCUCAUGUGUCUUCUUCUCAUGUGUCUUCUUCUCAUGUGUCUUCUUCUCAUGUGUCUUCUUCUCAUGUGUCUUCUUCUCAUGUGUCUUCUUCUCAUGUGUCUUCUUCUCAUGUGUCUUCUUCUCAUGUGUCUUCUUCUCAUGUGUCUUCUUCUCAUGUGUCUUCUUCUCAUGUGUCUUCUUCUCAUGUGUCUUCUUCUCAUGUGUCUUCUUCUCAUGUGUCUUCUUCUCAUGUGUCUUCUUCUCAUGUGUCUUCUUCUCAUGUGUCUUCUUCUCAUGUGUCUUCUUCUCAUGUGUCUUCUUCUCAUGUGUCUUCUUCUCAUGUGUCUUCUUCUCAUGUGUCUUCUUCUCAUGUGUCUUCUUCUCAUGUGUCUUCUUCUCAUGUGUCUUCUUCUCAUGUGUCUUCUUCUCAUGUGUCUUCUUCUCAUGUGUCUUCUUCUCAUGUGUCUUCUUCUCAUGUGUCUUCUUCUCAUGUGUCUUCUUCUCAUGUGUCUUCUUCUCAUGUGUCUUCUUCUCAUGUGUCUUCUUCUCAUGUGUCUUCUUCUCAUGUGUCUUCUUCUCAUGUGUCUUCUUCUCAUGUGUCUUCUUCUCAUGUGUCUUCUUCUCAUGUGUCUUCUUCUCAUGUGUCUUCUUCUCAUGUGUCUUCUUCUCAUGUGUCUUCUUCUCAUGUGUCUUCUUCUCAUGUGUCUUCUUCUCAUGUGUCUUCUUCUCAUGUGUCUUCUUCUCAUGUGUCUUCUUCUCAUGUGUCUUCUUCUCAUGUGUCUUCUUCUCAUGUGUCUUCUUCUCAUGUGUCUUCUUCUCAUGUGUCUUCUUCUCAUGUGUCUUCUUCUCAUGUGUCUUCUUCUCAUGUGUCUUCUUCUCAUGUGUCUUCUUCUCAUGUGUCUUCUUCUCAUGUGUCUUCUUCUCAUGUGUCUUCUUCUCAUGUGUCUUCUUCUCAUGUGUCUUCUUCUCAUGUGUCUUCUUCUCAUGUGUCUUCUUCUCAUGUGUCUUCUUCUCAUGUGUCUUCUUCUCAUGUGUCUUCUUCUCAUGUGUCUUCUUCUCAUGUGUCUUCUUCUCAUGUGUCUUCUUCUCAUGUGUCUUCUUCUCAUGUGUCUUCUUCUCAUGUGUCUUCUUCUCAUGUGUCUUCUUCUCAUGUGUCUUCUUCUCAUGUGUCUUCUUCUCAUGUGUCUUCUUCUCAUGUGUCUUCUUCUCAUGUGUCUUCUUCUCAUGUGUCUUCUUCUCAUGUGUCUUCUUCUCAUGUGUCUUCUUCUCAUGUGUCUUCUUCUCAUGUGUCUUCUUCUCAUGUGUCUUCUUCUCAUGUGUCUUCUUCUCAUGUGUCUUCUUCUCAUGUGUCUUCUUCUCAUGUGUCUUCUUCUCAUGUGUCUUCUUCUCAUGUGUCUUCUUCUCAUGUGUCUUCUUCUCAUGUGUCUUCUUCUCAUGUGUCUUCUUCUCAUGUGUCUUCUUCUCAUGUGUCUUCUUCUCAUGUGUCUUCUUCUCAUGUGUCUUCUUCUCAUGUGUCUUCUUCUCAUGUGUCUUCUUCUCAUGUGUCUUCUUCUCAUGUGUCUUCUUCUCAUGUGUCUUCUUCUCAUGUGUCUUCUUCUCAUGUGUCUUCUUCUCAUGUGUCUUCUUCUCAUGUGUCUUCUUCUCAUGUGUCUUCUUCUCAUGUGUCUUCUUCUCAUGUGUCUUCUUCUCAUGUGUCUUCUUCUCAUGUGUCUUCUUCUCAUGUGUCUUCUUCUCAUGUGUCUUCUUCUCAUGUGUCUUCUUCUCAUGUGUCUUCUUCUCAUGUGUCUUCUUCUCAUGUGUCUUCUUCUCAUGUGUCUUCUUCUCAUGUGUCUUCUUCUCAUGUGUCUUCUUCUCAUGUGUCUUCUUCUCAUGUGUCUUCUUCUCAUGUGUCUUCUUCUCAUGUGUCUUCUUCUCAUGUGUCUUCUUCUCAUGUGUCUUCUUCUCAUGUGUCUUCUUCUCAUGUGUCUUCUUCUCAUGUGUCUUCUUCUCAUGUGUCUUCUUCUCAUGUGUCUUCUUCUCAUGUGUCUUCUUCUCAUGUGUCUUCUUCUCAUGUGUCUUCUUCUCAUGUGUCUUCUUCUCAUGUGUCUUCUUCUCAUGUGUCUUCUUCUCAUGUGUCUUCUUCUCAUGUGUCUUCUUCUCAUGUGUCUUCUUCUCAUGUGUCUUCUUCUCAUGUGUCUUCUUCUCAUGUGUCUUCUUCUCAUGUGUCUUCUUCUCAUGUGUCUUCUUCUCAUGUGUCUUCUUCUCAUGUGUCUUCUUCUCAUGUGUCUUCUUCUCAUGUGUCUUCUUCUCAUGUGUCUUCUUCUCAUGUGUCUUCUUCUCAUGUGUCUUCUUCUCAUGUGUCUUCUUCUCAUGUGUCUUCUUCUCAUGUGUCUUCUUCUCAUGUGUCUUCUUCUCAUGUGUCUUCUUCUCAUGUGUCUUCUUCUCAUGUGUCUUCUUCUCAUGUGUCUUCUUCUCAUGUGUCUUCUUCUCAUGUGUCUUCUUCUCAUGUGUCUUCUUCUCAUGUGUCUUCUUCUCAUGUGUCUUCUUCUCAUGUGUCUUCUUCUCAUGUGUCUUCUUCUCAUGUGUCUUCUUCUCAUGUGUCUUCUUCUCAUGUGUCUUCUUCUCAUGUGUCUUCUUCUCAUGUGUCUUCUUCUCAUGUGUCUUCUUCUCAUGUGUCUUCUUCUCAUGUGUCUUCUUCUCAUGUGUCUUCUUCUCAUGUGUCUUCUUCUCAUGUGUCUUCUUCUCAUGUGUCUUCUUCUCAUGUGUCUUCUUCUCAUGUGUCUUCUUCUCAUGUGUCUUCUUCUCAUGUGUCUUCUUCUCAUGUGUCUUCUUCUCAUGUGUCUUCUUCUCAUGUGUCUUCUUCUCAUGUGUCUUCUUCUCAUGUGUCUUCUUCUCAUGUGUCUUCUUCUCAUGUGUCUUCUUCUCAUGUGUCUUCUUCUCAUGUGUCUUCUUCUCAUGUGUCUUCUUCUCAUGUGUCUUCUUCUCAUGUGUCUUCUUCUCAUGUGUCUUCUUCUCAUGUGUCUUCUUCUCAUGUGUCUUCUUCUCAUGUGUCUUCUUCUCAUGUGUCUUCUUCUCAUGUGUCUUCUUCUCAUGUGUCUUCUUCUCAUGUGUCUUCUUCUCAUGUGUCUUCUUCUCAUGUGUCUUCUUCUCAUGUGUCUUCUUCUCAUGUGUCUUCUUCUCAUGUGUCUUCUUCUCAUGUGUCUUCUUCUCAUGUGUCUUCUUCUCAUGUGUCUUCUUCUCAUGUGUCUUCUUCUCAUGUGUCUUCUUCUCAUGUGUCUUCUUCUCAUGUGUCUUCUUCUCAUGUGUCUUCUUCUCAUGUGUCUUCUUCUCAUGUGUCUUCUUCUCAUGUGUCUUCUUCUCAUGUGUCUUCUUCUCAUGUGUCUUCUUCUCAUGUGUCUUCUUCUCAUGUGUCUUCUUCUCAUGUGUCUUCUUCUCAUGUGUCUUCUUCUCAUGUGUCUUCUUCUCAUGUGUCUUCUUCUCAUGUGUCUUCUUCUCAUGUGUCUUCUUCUCAUGUGUCUUCUUCUCAUGUGUCUUCUUCUCAUGUGUCUUCUUCUCAUGUGUCUUCUUCUCAUGUGUCUUCUUCUCAUGUGUCUUCUUCUCAUGUGUCUUCUUCUCAUGUGUCUUCUUCUCAUGUGUCUUCUUCUCAUGUGUCUUCUUCUCAUGUGUCUUCUUCUCAUGUGUCUUCUUCUCAUGUGUCUUCUUCUCAUGUGUCUUCUUCUCAUGUGUCUUCUUCUCAUGUGUCUUCUUCUCAUGUGUCUUCUUCUCAUGUGUCUUCUUCUCAUGUGUCUUCUUCUCAUGUGUCUUCUUCUCAUGUGUCUUCUUCUCAUGUGUCUUCUUCUCAUGUGUCUUCUUCUCAUGUGUCUUCUUCUCAUGUGUCUUCUUCUCAUGUGUCUUCUUCUCAUGUGUCUUCUUCUCAUGUGUCUUCUUCUCAUGUGUCUUCUUCUCAUGUGUCUUCUUCUCAUGUGUCUUCUUCUCAUGUGUCUUCUUCUCAUGUGUCUUCUUCUCAUGUGUCUUCUUCUCAUGUGUCUUCUUCUCAUGUGUCUUCUUCUCAUGUGUCUUCUUCUCAUGUGUCUUCUUCUCAUGUGUCUUCUUCUCAUGUGUCUUCUUCUCAUGUGUCUUCUUCUCAUGUGUCUUCUUCUCAUGUGUCUUCUUCUCAUGUGUCUUCUUCUCAUGUGUCUUCUUCUCAUGUGUCUUCUUCUCAUGUGUCUUCUUCUCAUGUGUCUUCUUCUCAUGUGUCUUCUUCUCAUGUGUCUUCUUCUCAUGUGUCUUCUUCUCAUGUGUCUUCUUCUCAUGUGUCUUCUUCUCAUGUGUCUUCUUCUCAUGUGUCUUCUUCUCAUGUGUCUUCUUCUCAUGUGUCUUCUUCUCAUGUGUCUUCUUCUCAUGUGUCUUCUUCUCAUGUGUCUUCUUCUCAUGUGUCUUCUUCUCAUGUGUCUUCUUCUCAUGUGUCUUCUUCUCAUGUGUCUUCUUCUCAUGUGUCUUCUUCUCAUGUGUCUUCUUCUCAUGUGUCUUCUUCUCAUGUGUCUUCUUCUCAUGUGUCUUCUUCUCAUGUGUCUUCUUCUCAUGUGUCUUCUUCUCAUGUGUCUUCUUCUCAUGUGUCUUCUUCUCAUGUGUCUUCUUCUCAUGUGUCUUCUUCUCAUGUGUCUUCUUCUCAUGUGUCUUCUUCUCAUGUGUCUUCUUCUCAUGUGUCUUCUUCUCAUGUGUCUUCUUCUCAUGUGUCUUCUUCUCAUGUGUCUUCUUCUCAUGUGUCUUCUUCUCAUGUGUCUUCUUCUCAUGUGUCUUCUUCUCAUGUGUCUUCUUCUCAUGUGUCUUCUUCUCAUGUGUCUUCUUCUCAUGUGUCUUCUUCUCAUGUGUCUUCUUCUCAUGUGUCUUCUUCUCAUGUGUCUUCUUCUCAUGUGUCUUCUUCUCAUGUGUCUUCUUCUCAUGUGUCUUCUUCUCAUGUGUCUUCUUCUCAUGUGUCUUCUUCUCAUGUGUCUUCUUCUCAUGUGUCUUCUUCUCAUGUGUCUUCUUCUCAUGUGUCUUCUUCUCAUGUGUCUUCUUCUCAUGUGUCUUCUUCUCAUGUGUCUUCUUCUCAUGUGUCUUCUUCUCAUGUGUCUUCUUCUCAUGUGUCUUCUUCUCAUGUGUCUUCUUCUCAUGUGUCUUCUUCUCAUGUGUCUUCUUCUCAUGUGUCUUCUUCUCAUGUGUCUUCUUCUCAUGUGUCUUCUUCUCAUGUGUCUUCUUCUCAUGUGUCUUCUUCUCAUGUGUCUUCUUCUCAUGUGUCUUCUUCUCAUGUGUCUUCUUCUCAUGUGUCUUCUUCUCAUGUGUCUUCUUCUCAUGUGUCUUCUUCUCAUGUGUCUUCUUCUCAUGUGUCUUCUUCUCAUGUGUCUUCUUCUCAUGUGUCUUCUUCUCAUGUGUCUUCUUCUCAUGUGUCUUCUUCUCAUGUGUCUUCUUCUCAUGUGUCUUCUUCUCAUGUGUCUUCUUCUCAUGUGUCUUCUUCUCAUGUGUCUUCUUCUCAUGUGUCUUCUUCUCAUGUGUCUUCUUCUCAUGUGUCUUCUUCUCAUGUGUCUUCUUCUCAUGUGUCUUCUUCUCAUGUGUCUUCUUCUCAUGUGUCUUCUUCUCAUGUGUCUUCUUCUCAUGUGUCUUCUUCUCAUGUGUCUUCUUCUCAUGUGUCUUCUUCUCAUGUGUCUUCUUCUCAUGUGUCUUCUUCUCAUGUGUCUUCUUCUCAUGUGUCUUCUUCUCAUGUGUCUUCUUCUCAUGUGUCUUCUUCUCAUGUGUCUUCUUCUCAUGUGUCUUCUUCUCAUGUGUCUUCUUCUCAUGUGUCUUCUUCUCAUGUGUCUUCUUCUCAUGUGUCUUCUUCUCAUGUGUCUUCUUCUCAUGUGUCUUCUUCUCAUGUGUCUUCUUCUCAUGUGUCUUCUUCUCAUGUGUCUUCUUCUCAUGUGUCUUCUUCUCAUGUGUCUUCUUCUCAUGUGUCUUCUUCUCAUGUGUCUUCUUCUCAUGUGUCUUCUUCUCAUGUGUCUUCUUCUCAUGUGUCUUCUUCUCAUGUGUCUUCUUCUCAUGUGUCUUCUUCUCAUGUGUCUUCUUCUCAUGUGUCUUCUUCUCAUGUGUCUUCUUCUCAUGUGUCUUCUUCUCAUGUGUCUUCUUCUCAUGUGUCUUCUUCUCAUGUGUCUUCUUCUCAUGUGUCUUCUUCUCAUGUGUCUUCUUCUCAUGUGUCUUCUUCUCAUGUGUCUUCUUCUCAUGUGUCUUCUUCUCAUGUGUCUUCUUCUCAUGUGUCUUCUUCUCAUGUGUCUUCUUCUCAUGUGUCUUCUUCUCAUGUGUCUUCUUCUCAUGUGUCUUCUUCUCAUGUGUCUUCUUCUCAUGUGUCUUCUUCUCAUGUGUCUUCUUCUCAUGUGUCUUCUUCUCAUGUGUCUUCUUCUCAUGUGUCUUCUUCUCAUGUGUCUUCUUCUCAUGUGUCUUCUUCUCAUGUGUCUUCUUCUCAUGUGUCUUCUUCUCAUGUGUCUUCUUCUCAUGUGUCUUCUUCUCAUGUGUCUUCUUCUCAUGUGUCUUCUUCUCAUGUGUCUUCUUCUCAUGUGUCUUCUUCUCAUGUGUCUUCUUCUCAUGUGUCUUCUUCUCAUGUGUCUUCUUCUCAUGUGUCUUCUUCUCAUGUGUCUUCUUCUCAUGUGUCUUCUUCUCAUGUGUCUUCUUCUCAUGUGUCUUCUUCUCAUGUGUCUUCUUCUCAUGUGUCUUCUUCUCAUGUGUCUUCUUCUCAUGUGUCUUCUUCUCAUGUGUCUUCUUCUCAUGUGUCUUCUUCUCAUGUGUCUUCUUCUCAUGUGUCUUCUUCUCAUGUGUCUUCUUCUCAUGUGUCUUCUUCUCAUGUGUCUUCUUCUCAUGUGUCUUCUUCUCAUGUGUCUUCUUCUCAUGUGUCUUCUUCUCAUGUGUCUUCUUCUCAUGUGUCUUCUUCUCAUGUGUCUUCUUCUCAUGUGUCUUCUUCUCAUGUGUCUUCUUCUCAUGGUCUUCUCUCAUGUGUCGUCUUCUCAUGUGUCUUUCUUUCUCAUGUGUCUUCUUCUCAUGUGUCUUCUUCUCAUGUGUCUUCUUCUCAUGUGUCUUCUUCUCAUGUGUCUUCUUCUCAUGUGUCUUCUUCUCAUGUGUCUUCUUCUUCAUGUGUCUUCUUCUCAUGUGUCUUCUUCUCAUGUGUCUUCUUCUCAUGUGUCUUCUUCUCAUGUGUCUUCUUCUCAUGUGUCUUCUUCUCAUGUGUCCUUCUUCUCAUGUGUCUUCUUCUCAUGUGUCUUCUUCUCAUGUGUCUUCUUCUCAUGUGUCUUCUUCUCAUGUGUCCCUUCUUCUCAUGUGUCUUCUUCUCAUGUGUCUUCUUCUCAUGUGUCUUCUUCUCAUGUGUCUUCUUCUCAUGUGUCUUCUUCUCAUGUGUCGUCUUCUCAUGUGUCUUCUUCUCAUGUGUCUUCUUCUCAUGUGUCUUCUUCUCAUGGUGUCUUCUUCUCAUGUGUCUUCUUCUCAUGUGUCUUCUUCUCAUGUGUCUUCUUCUCAUGUGUCUUCUUCUCAUGUGUCUUCUUCUCAUGUGUCUUCUUCUCAUGUGUCUUCUUCUCCAUGUGUCUUCUUCUCAUGUGUCUUCUUCUCAUGUGUCUUCUUCUCAUGUGUCUUCUUCUCAUGUGUCUUCUUCUCAUGUGUCUUCUUCUCAUGUGUCUUCUUCUCAUGUGUCUUCUUCUCUCAUGUGUCUUCUUCUCAUGUGUCUUCUCUCAUGUGUCUUCCUUCUCAUGUGUCUUCUUCAUCAAUGUGUCUUCUUCUCAUGUGUCUUCUUCUCAUGUUCUUCUUCUCAUGUGUCAUCUUCUCAUGUGUCUUCUUCUCAUGUGUCUUCUUCUCAUGUGUCUUCUUCUCAUGUGUCUUCUUCUCAUGUGUCUUCUUCUCAUGUGUUCUUCUCAUGUGUCCUUCUUCUCAUGUGUCUUCUUCUCAUGUGUCUUCUUCUCAUGUGUCUUCUUCUCAUGUGUCUUCUUCUCAUGUGUCUUCUUCUCAUGUGUCUUCUUCUCAGUGUCUUCUUCUCAUGUGUCUUCUUCUCAUGUGUCUCUUCUCAUGUGUCUUCUUCUCAUGUGUCUUCUUCUCAUGUGUCUUCUUCUCAUGUGUCGUCUUCUCAUGUGUCUUCUUCUCAUGUGUCUUCUUCUCAUGUGUCUUCUUCUCAUGUGUCUUCUUCUCAUGUGUCUUCUUCUCAUGUGUCUUCUUCUCAUGUGUCUUCUUCUCAUGUGUCCUUCUUCUCAUGUGUCUUCUUCAUCAUGUGUCUUCUUCUCAUGUGUCUUCUUCUCAUGUGUCUUCUUCUCAUGUGUCUUCUUCUCAUGUGUCUUCUUCUCAUGUGUCUUCUUCUCAUGUGUCUUCUUCUCAUGUGUCUUCUUCUCAUGUGUCUUCUUCUCAUGUGUCUUCUUCUCAUGUGUCUUCUUCUCAUGUGUCUUCUUCUCAUGUGUCUUCUUUUGUUCCUAAUGUGUCUUGCUUCUCAUGUGUCCUCUUCUCAUGUUUCUCAUGUGUCUUCUUCUCAUGUGUCUUCUUCUCAUGUGUCUUCUUCUCAUGUGUCUUCUUCUCAUGUGUCUUCUUCUCAUGUGUCUUCUUCUCAUGUGUUCUUCUUCUCAUGUGUCUUCUUCUCAUGUGUCUUCUUCUCAUGUGUCUUCUUCUCAUGUGUCUUCUUCUCAUGUGGUCUUCAUUCUCAUGUGUCGUCUUCUCAUGUGUCUUCUUCUCAUGUGUCUUCCUUCUCAUGUGUCUUCUUCUCAUGUGUCUUCUUCUCAUGUGUCUUCUUCUCAUGUGUCUUCUUCUCAUGUGCUUCUUCUCAUGUGUCUUCUUCUCAUGUGUCUUCUUCUCAUGUGUCUUCUUCUCAUGUGUCUUCUUCUCAUGUGUCUUCUUCUCAUGUGUCUUCUUCUCAUGUGUCUUCUUCUCAUGUGUCUUCUUCUCAUGUGUCUUCUUCUCAUGUGUCUUCUUCUCAUGUUGGUCUUCUUCUCAUGUGUCUUCUUCUCAUGUGUCUUCUUCUCAUGUGUCUUCUUCUCAUGUGUCUUCUUCUCAUGUGUCUUCUUCUCAUGUGUCUCUCUCAUGUGUCUUCUUCUCAUGUGUCUUCUUCUCAUGUGUCUUCUUCUCAUGUGUCUUCUUCUCAUGUGUCUUCUUCUCAUGUGUCUUCUUCUCAUGUGUCUUCUUCUCAUGUGUCUUCUUCUCAUGUGUCUUCUUCUCAUGUGUCUUCUUCUCAUGUGUCUUCUUCUCAUGUGUCUUCUUCUCAUGUGUCUUCUUCUCAUGUGUCUUCUUCUCAUGUGUCUUCUUCUCAUGUGUCUUCUUCUCAUGUGUCUUCUUCUCAUGUGUCUUCUUCUCAUGUGUCUUCUUCUCAUGUGUCUUCUUCUCAUGUGUCUUCUUCUCAUGUGUCUUCUUCUCAUGUGUCUUCUUCUCAUGUGUCUUCUUCUCAUGUGUCUUCUUCUCAUGUGUCUUCUUCUCAUGUGUCUUCUUCUCAUGUGUCUUCUUCUCAUGUGUCUUCUUCUCAUGUGUCUUCUUCUCAUGUGUCUUCUUCUCAUGUGUCUUCUUCUCAUGUGUCUUCUUCUCAUGUGUCUUCUUCUCAUGUGUCUUCUUCUCAUGUGUCUUCUUCUCAUGUGUCUUCUUCUCAUGUGUCUUCUUCUCAUGUGUCUUCUUCUCAUGUGUCUUCUUCUCAUGUGUCUUCUUCUCAUGUGUCUUCUUCUCAUGUGUCUUCUUCUCAUGUGUCUUCUUCUCAUGUGUCUUCUUCUCAUGUGUCUUCUUCUCAUGUGUCUUCUUCUCAUGUGUCUUCUUCUCAUGUGUCUUCUUCUCAUGUGUCUUCUUCUCAUGUGUCUUCUUCUCAUGUGUCUUCUUCUCAUGUGUCUUCUUCUCAUGUGUCUUCUUCUCAUGUGUCUUCUUCUCAUGUGUCUUCUUCUCAUGUGUCUUCUUCUCAUGUGUCUUCUUCUCAUGUGUCUUCUUCUCAUGUGUCUUCUUCUCAUGUGUCUUCUUCUCAUGUGUCUUCUUCUCAUGUGUCUUCUUCUCAUGUGUCUUCUUCUCAUGUGUCUUCUUCUCAUGUGUCUUCUUCUCAUGUGUCUUCUUCUCAUGUGUCUUCUUCUCAUGUGUCUUCUUCUCAUGUGUCUUCUUCUCAUGUGUCUUCUUCUCAUGUGUCUUCUUCUCAUGUGUCUUCUUCUCAUGUGUCUUCUUCUCAUGUGUCUUCUUCUCAUGUGUCUUCUUCUCAUGUGUCUUCUUCUCAUGUGUCUUCUUCUCAUGUGUCUUCUUCUCAUGUGUCUUCUUCUCAUGUGUCUUCUUCUCAUGUGUCUUCUUCUCAUGUGUCUUCUUCUCAUGUGUCUUCUUCUCAUGUGUCUUCUUCUCAUGUGUCUUCUUCUCAUGUGUCUUCUUCUCAUGUGUCUUCUUCUCAUGUGUCUUCUUCUCAUGUGUCUUCUUCUCAUGUGUCUUCUUCUCAUGUGUCUUCUUCUCAUGUGUCUUCUUCUCAUGUGUCUUCUUCUCAUGUGUCUUCUUCUCAUGUGUCUUCUUCUCAUGUGUCUUCUUCUCAUGUGUCUUCUUCUCAUGUGUCUUCUUCUCAUGUGUCUUCUUCUCAUGUGUCUUCUUCUCAUGUGUCUUCUUCUCAUGUGUCUUCUUCUCAUGUGUCUUCUUCUCAUGUGUCUUCUUCUCAUGUGUCUUCUUCUCAUGUGUCUUCUUCUCAUGUGUCUUCUUCUCAUGUGUCUUCUUCUCAUGUGUCUUCUUCUCAUGUGUCUUCUUCUCAUGUGUCUUCUUCUCAUGUGUCUUCUUCUCAUGUGUCUUCUUCUCAUGUGUCUUCUUCUCAUGUGUCUUCUUCUCAUGUGUCUUCUUCUCAUGUGUCUUCUUCUCAUGUGUCUUCUUCUCAUGUGUCUUCUUCUCAUGUGUCUUCUUCUCAUGUGUCUUCUUCUCAUGUGUCUUCUUCUCAUGUGUCUUCUUCUCAUGUGUCUUCUUCUCAUGUGUCUUCUUCUCAUGUGUCUUCUUCUCAUGUGUCUUCUUCUCAUGUGUCUUCUUCUCAUGUGUCUUCUUCUCAUGUGUCUUCUUCUCAUGUGUCUUCUUCUCAUGUGUCUUCUUCUCAUGUGUCUUCUUCUCAUGUGUCUUCUUCUCAUGUGUCCUUCUUCUCAUGUGUCUUCUGCACUCAUGUGUCUUCUUCUCAUGUGUCCUUCUUCUCAUGUUCGUCCUUCUCAUGUGUCUUCGUCUCAUGUGUCUUCUUCUCAUGUGUCUUCUUCUCAUGUGUCUUCUUCUCAUGUGUCUUCUUCUCAUGUGUCUUCUUCUCAUGUGUCUUCUCUCAUGUGUCUUCUUCUCAUGUGUCUUCUUCUCAUGGUUGUCUUCUUCUCAUGUGUCGUCUUCUCAUGUGUCUUCCUUCUCAUGUGUCUUCUUCUUCAUGUGUCUUCUUCUCAUGUGUCUUCUUCUCUCAUGUGUCUUCUUCUCAUGUGUCUUCCUUCUCAUGUGUCCUUCUUCUCAUGUGUCUUCUUCUCAUGUGUCUUCUUCUCAUGUGUCUUCUUCUCAUGUGUCUUCUUCUCAUGUGUCUUCUUCUCAUGUGUCUUCUUCUCAUGUGUCUUCUUCUCAAUGUGUCUUCUUCUCAGGUGUCUUCUUCUCAUGUGUCUUCUUCUCAUGUGUCUUCUUCUCAUGUGUCCUUCUUCUCAUGUGUCCUUCUUCUCAUGUGUCUUCUUCUCAUGUGUCUUCUUCUCAUGUGUCUUCUUCUCAUGUGUCUUCUUCUCAUGUGUCUUCUUCUCAUGUGUCUUCUUCUCAUGUGUCUUCUUCUCAUGUGUCUUCUUCUCAUGUGUCUUUCUUCUCAUGUGUCCUUCUUCUCAUGUGUCUUCUUCUCAUGUGUCUCUUCUCAUGUGUCUUCUUCUCAUGUGUCUUCUUCUCAUGUGUCUUCUUCUCAUGUGUCUUCUUCUCAUGUGUCUUCUCUCAUGUGUCUUCUUCUCAUGUGUCUUCUUCUCAUGUGGUCUUCUUCUCAUGUGUCUUCUUCUCAUGUGUCUUCUUCUCAUGUGUCUUCUUCUCAUGUGUCUUCUUCUCAGUGUCUUCUUCUCAUGUGUCUUCUAUCUCAUGUGUCCUUCUUCUCAUGUGUCUUCUUCUCAUGUGUCUUCUUCUCAUGUGUCCUUCUUCUCAUGUGUCUCUUCUCAUGUGCUCUUCUCAUGUGUCCUUCUUCUCAUGUGUCUUCUUCUCAUGUGUCUUCUUCUCAUGUGUCUUCUUCUCAUGUGUCUUCUUCUCAUGUGUCUUCUUCUCAUGUGUCUUCUUCUCAUGUGUCUUCUUCUCAUGUGUCUUCUUCUCAUGUGUCUUCUUCUCAUGUGUCUUCUUCUCAUGUGUCUUCUUCUCAUGUGUCUUCUUCUCAUGUGUCUUCUUCUCAUGUGUCUUCUUCUCAUGUGUCUUCUUCUCAUGUGUCUUCUUCUCAUGUGUCUUCUUCUCAUGUGUCUUCUUCUCAUGUGUCUUCUUCUCAUGUGUCUUCUUCUCAUGUGUCUUCUUCUCAUGUGUCUUCUUCUCAUGUGUCUUCUUCUCAUGUGUCUUCUUCUCAUGUGUCUUCUUCUCAUGUGUCUUCUUCUCAUGUGUCUUCUUCUCAUGUGUCUUCUUCUCAUGUGUCUUCUUCUCAUGUGUCUUCUUCUCAUGUGUCUUCUUCUCAUGUGUCUUCUUCUCAUGUGUCUUCUUCUCAUGUGUCUUCUUCUCAUGUGUCUUCUUCUCAUGUGUCUUCUUCUCAUGUGUCUUCUUCUCAUGUGUCUUCUUCUCAUGUGUCUUCUUCUCAUGUGUCUUCUCUCAUGUGUCUUCUUCUCAUGUGUCUUCUUCUCAUGUGGUCUUCUUCUCAUGUGUCUUCUUCUCAUGUGUCUUCUUCUCAUGUGUCUUCUUCUCAUGUGUCUUCUUCUCAUGUGUCUUCUUCUCAUGUGUCUUCUUCUCAUGUGUCUUCUUCUCAUGUGUCUUCUUCUCAUGUGUCUUCUUCUCAUGUGUCUUCUUCUCAUGUGUCUUCUUCUCAUGUGUCUUCUUCUCAUGUGUCUUCUUCUCAUGUUGUUCUUCUCUCAUGUGUCUUCUUCUCAUGUGUCUUCUUCUCAUGUGUCUUCUUCUCAUUGUCUUCUUCUCAUGUGUCUUCUUCUCAUGUGGUCUUCUUCUCAUGUGUCUUCCUUCUCAUGUGUCUUCUUCUCAUGUGUCUUCUUCUCAUGUGUCUUCUUCUCAUGUGUCUUCUUCUCAUGUGUCUUCUUCUCAUGUGUCUUCUUCUCAUGUGUCUUCUUCUCAUGUGUCUUCUUCUCAUGUGUCUUCUUCUCAUGUGUCUUCUUCUCAUGUGUCUUCUUCUCAUGUGUCUUCUCUCAUGUGUCUUCUUCUCAUGUGUCUUCUUCUCAUGUGUCUUCUUCUCUGUGUCUUCUUCUCAUGUGUCUUCUUCUCAUGUGUCUUCUUCUCAUGUGUCUUCUUCUCAUGUGUCCUUCUUCUCAUGUGUCUUCUUCUCAUGUGUCUUCUUCUCUGUGUCUUCUUCUCAUGUGUCUUCUUCUCAUGUGUCUUCUUUCUCAUGUGUCUUCUUCUCAUGUGUCUUCUUCUCAUGUGUCUUCUUCUCAUGUGUCUUCUUCUCAUGUGUCUGUCUUCCCUCAUGGUGUCUUCUUCUCAUGUGUCUUCUUCUCAUGUGUCUUCUUCUCAUGUGUCCUUCUUCUCAUGUGUCUUCUUCUCAUGUGUCGUCUUCUCAUGUGUCUUCUUCUCAUGUGUCUUCUUCUCAUGUGUCUUCUUCUCAUGUGUCUUCUUCUCAUGUGUCUUCUUCUCAUGUGUCUUCUUCUCAUGUGUCUUCUUCUCAUGUGUCUUCUUCUCAUGUGUCCUUCUUCUCAAUGUGUCUUCUUCUCAUGUGUCUUCUUCUCAUGUGUCUUCUUCUCAUGUUGUCUUCUUCUCAUGUGUCUUCUUUCUCAUGUGUCUUCUUCUCAUGUGUCUUCUUCUCAUGUGUCUUCUUCUCAUGUGUCUUCUUCUCAUGUGUCUUCUUCUCAUGUGUCUCUUCUCAUGUGUCUUCUUCUCCAUGGGUCUUCUUCUCAUGUGUCUUCUUCUCAUGGUAUUCUUCUCAUGUGUCUUCUUCUCCAUGUGUCUUUCUUCUCAUGUGUCUUCUUCUCAUGUGUCUUCUUCUCAUGGUUCUUCUUCUCAUGUGUCUUCUUCUCAUGUGUCUUCUUCUCAUGUGUCUUCUUCUCCAUGUGUCUUCUUCUCAUGUGUCUUCUUCUCAUGUGUCUUCUUCUCAUGUGUCUUCUUCUCAUGUGUCUUCUUCUCAUGUGUCUUCUUCUCAUGUGUCUUCUUCUCAUGUGUCUUCUUCUCAUGUGUCUUCUUCUCAUGUGUCUUCUUCUCAUGUGUCUUCUUCUCAUGUGUCUUCUUCUCAUGUGUCUUCUUCUCAUGUGUCUUCUUCUCAUGUGUCUUCUUCUCAUGUGUCUUCUUCUCAUGUGUCUUCUUCUCAUGUGUCUUCUUCUCAUGUGUCUUCUUCUCAUGUGUCUUCUUCUCAUGUGUCUUCUUCUCAUGUGUCUUCUUCUCAUGUGUCUUCUUCUCAUGUGUCUUCUUCUCAUGUGUCUUCUUCUCAUGUGUCUUCUUCUCAUGUGUCUUCUUCUCAUGUGUCUUCUUCUCAUGUGUCUUCUUCUCAUGUGUCUUCUUCUCAUGUGUCUUCUUCUCAUGUGUCUUCUUCUCAUGUGUCUUCUUCUCAUGUGUCUUCUUCUCAUGUGUCUUCUUCUCAUGUGUCUUCUUCUCAUGUGUCUUCUUCUCAUGUGUCUUCUUCUCAUGUGUCUUCUUCUCAUGUGUCUUCUUCUCAUGUGUCUUCUUCUCAUGUGUCUUCUUCUCAUGUGUCUUCUUCUCAUGUGUCUUCUUCUCAUGUGUCUUCUUCUCAUGUGUCUUCUUCUCAUGUGUCUUCUUCUCAUGUGUCUUCUUCUCAUGUGUCUUCUUCUCAUGUGUCUUCUUCUCAUGUGUCUUCUUCUCAUGUGUCUUCUUCUCAUGUGUCUUCUUCUCAUGUGUCUUCUUCUCAUGUGUCUUCUUCUCAUGUGUCUUCUUCUCAUGUGUCUUCUUCUCAUGUGUCUUCUUCUCAUGUGUCUUCUUCUCAUGUGUCUUCUUCUCAUGUGUCUUCUUCUCAUGUGUCUUCUUCUCAUGUGUCUUCUUCUCAUGUGUCUUCUUCUCAUGUGUCUUCUUCUCAUGUGUCUUCUUCUCAUGUGUCUUCUUCUCAUGUGUCUUCUUCUCAUGUGUCUUCUUCUCAUGUGUCUUCUUCUCAUGUGUCUUCUUCUCAUGUGUCUUCUUCUCAUGUGUCUUCUUCUCAUGUGUCUUCUUCUCAUGUGUCUUCUUCUCAUGUGUCUUCUUCUCAUGUGUCUUCUUCUCAUGUGUCUUCUUCUCAUGUGUCUUCUUCUCAUGUGUCUUCUUCUCAUGUGUCUUCUUCUCAUGUGUCUUCUUCUCAUGUGUCUUCUUCUCAUGUGUCUUCUUCUCAUGUGUCUUCUUCUCAUGUGUCUUCUUCUCAUGUGUCUUCUUCUCAUGUGUCUUCUUCUCAUGUGUCUUCUUCUCAUGUGUCUUCUUCUCAUGUGUCUUCUUCUCAUGUGUCUUCUUCUCAUGUGUCUUCUUCUCAUGUGUCUUCUUCUCAUGUGUCUUCUUCUCAUGUGUCUUCUUCUCAUGUGUCUUCUUCUCAUGUGUCUUCUUCUCAUGUGUCUUCUUCUCAUGUGUCUUCUUCUCAUGUGUCUUCUUCUCAUGUGUCUUCUUCUCAUGUGUCUUCUUCUCAUGUGUCUUCUUCUCAUGUGUCUUCUUCUCAUGUGUCUUCUUCUCAUGUGUCUUCUUCUCAUGUGUCUUCUUCUCAUGUGUCUUCUUCUCAUGUGUCUUCUUCUCAUGUGUCUUCUUCUCAUGUGUCUUCUUCUCAUGUGUCUUCUUCUCAUGUGUCUUCUUCUCAUGUGUCUUCUUCUCAUGUGUCUUCUUCUCAUGUGUCUUCUUCUCAUGUGUCUUCUUCUCAUGUGUCUUCUUCUCAUGUGUCUUCUUCUCAUGUGUCUUCUUCUCAUGUGUCUUCUUCUCAUGUGUCUUCUUCUCAUGUGUCUUCUUCUCAUGUGUCUUCUUCUCAUGUGUCUUCUUCUCAUGUGUCUUCUUCUCAUGUGUCUUCUUCUCAUGUGUCUUCUUCUCAUGUGUCUUCUUCUCAUGUGUCUUCUUCUCAUGUGUCUUCUUCUCAUGUGUCUUCUUCUCAUGUGUCUUCUUCUCAUGUGUCUUCUUCUCAUGUGUCUUCUUCUCAUGUGUCUUCUUCUCAUGUGUCUUCUUCUCAUGUGUCUUCUUCUCAUGUGUCUUCUUCUCAUGUGUCUUCUUCUCAUGUGUCUUCUUCUCAUGUGUCUUCUUCUCAUGUGUCUUCUUCUCCUGUGUCUUCUUCUCAUGUGUCUUCUUCUCAUGUGUCUUCUUCUCAUGUGUCUUCUUCUCAUGUGUCUUCUUCUCAUGUGUCUUCUUCUCAUGUGUCUUCUUCUCAUGUGUCUUCCUUCUCAUGUGUCUUCUUCUCAUGUGUCUUCUUCUCAUGUGUCUUCUUCUCAUGUGUCUUCUUCUCAUGUGUCUUCUUCUCAUGUGUCUUCUUCUCAUGUGUCUUCUUCUCAUGUUCUUCUUCUCAUGUGUCUUCUUCUCAUGUGUCUUCUUCUCAUGUGUCGUCUUCUCAUGUGUCUUCUUCUCAUGUGUCUUCUUCUCAUGUGUCUUCUUCUCAUGUGUCUUCUUCUACAUGUGUCUCUUCUCAUGUGUCUUCUCUCAUGUGUCUUCCUUGUUCUCAUGUGUCUUCUUCUCAUGUUUCUUCUUCUCAUGUGUCUUCUUCUCAUGUGUCUUCUUCUCAUGUGUCCUUCCUUCUCAUGUGUCUUCUUCUCAGUGUGUCUUCUUCUCAUGUGUCUUCUUCUCAUGUGUCUUCUUCUCAUGUGUCUUCUUCUCAUGUGUCUUCUUCUCAUGUGUCGUCUUCUCAUGUGUCUUCUUCUCAUGUGUCUUCUUCUCAUGUGUCUUCUUCUCAUGUGUCUUCUUCUCAUGUGUCUUCUUCUCAUGUGUCUUCUUCUCAUGUGUCUUCUUCUCAUGUGUCUUCUUCUCAUGUGUCUUCUUCUCAUGUGUCUUCUUCUCAUGUGUCUUCUUCUCAUGUGUCUUCUUCAUGUUCUUCAUGUGUCUUCUUCUCAUGUGUCUUCUUCUCAUGUGUCUUCUUCUCAUGUGUCUUCUUCUCAUGUGUCCUCUUCUCAUGUGUCUUCUUCUCAUGUGUCUUCUUCUCAUGUGUCUUCUUCUCAUGUGUCUUCUUCUCAUGUGUCUUCUCAUGUGUCUUUCUCAUGUGUCUUCUUCUCAUGUGUCUUCUUCUCAUGUGUCUUCUUCUCAUGUGUCUUCUUCUCAUGUGUCUUCUUCUCAUGUGUCUUCUUCUCAUGUGUCUUCUUCUCAUGUGUCUUCUUCUCAUGUGUCUUCUUCUCAUGUGUCUUCUUCUCAUGUGUCUUCUUCUCAUGUGUCUUCUUCUCAUGUGUCUUCUUCUCAUGGUCUUCUUCAUGUGUCUUCUUCUCAUGUGUCUUCUUCUCAUGUGUCUUCUUCUCAUGUGUCUUCUUCUCAUGUGUCUUCUUCUCAUGUGUCUUCUUCUCAUGUGUCUUCUUCUCAUGUGUCUUCUUCUCAUGUGUCUUCUUCUCAUGUGUCUUCUUCUCAUGUGUCUUCUUCUCAUGUGUCUUCUUCUCAUGUGUCUUCUUCUCAUGUGUCUUCUUCUCAUGUGUCUUCUUCUCAUGUGUCUUCUUCUCAUGUGUCUUCUUCUCAUGUGUCUUCUUCUCAUGUGUCUUCUUCUCAUGUGUCUUCUUCUCAUGUGUCUUCUUCUCAUGUGUCUUCUUCUCAUGUGUCUUCUUCUCAUGUGUCUUCUUCUCAUGUGUCUUCUUCUCAUGUGUCUUCUUCUCAUGUGUCUUCUUCUCAUGUGUCUUCUUCUCAUGUGUCUUCUUCUCAUGUGUCUUCUUCUCAUGUGUCUUCUUCUCAUGUGUCUUCUUCUCAUGUGUCUUCUUCUCAUGUGUCUUCUUCUCAUGUGUCUUCUUCUCAUGUGUCUUCUUCUCAUGUGUCUUCUUCUCAUGUGUCUUCUUCUCAUGUGUCUUCUUCUCAUGUGUCUUCUUCUCAUGUGUCUUCUUCUCAUGUGUCUUCUUCUCAUGUGUCUUCUUCUCAUGUGUCUUCUUCUCAUGUGUCUUCUUCUCAUGUGUCUUCUUCUCAUGUGUCUUCUUCUCAUGUGUCUUCUUCUCAUGUGUCUUCUUCUCAUGUGUCUUCUUCUCAUGUGUCUUCUUCUCAUGUGUCUUCUUCUCAUGUGUCUUCUUCUCAUGUGUCUUCUUCUCAUGUGUCUUCUUCUCAUGUGUCUUCUUCUCAUGUGUCUUCUUCUCAUGUGUCUUCUUCUCAUGUGUCUUCUUCUCAUGUGUCUUCUUCUCAUGUGUCUUCUUCUCAUGUGUCUUCUUCUCAUGUGUCUUCUUCUCAUGUGUCUUCUUCUCAUGUGUCUUCUUCUCAUGUGUCUUCUUCUCAUGUGUCUUCUUCUCAUGUGUCUUCUUCUCAUGUGUCUUCUUCUCAUGUGUCUUCUUCUCAUGUGUCUUCUUCUCAUGUGUCUUCUUCUCAUGUGUCUUCUUCUCAUGUGUCUUCUUCUCAUGUGUCUUCUUCUCAUGUGUCUUCUUCUCAUGUGUCUUCUUCUCAUGUGUCUUCUUCUCAUGUGUCUUCUUCUCAUGUGUCUUCUUCUCAUGUGUCUUCUUCUCAUGUGUCUUCUUCUCAUGUGUCUUCUUCUCAUGUGUCUUCUUCUCAUGUGUCUUCUUCUCAUGUGUCUUCUUCUCAUGUGUCUUCUUCUCAUGUGUCUUCUUCUCAUGUGUCUUCUUCUCAUGUGUCUUCUUCUCAUGUGUCUUCUUCUCAUGUGUCUUCUUCUCAUGUGUCUUCUUCUCAUGUGUCUUCUUCUCAUGUGUCUUCUUCUCAUGUGUCUUCUUCUCAUGUGUCUUCUUCUCAUGUGUCUUCUUCUCAUGUGUCUUCUUCUCAUGUGUCUUCUUCUCAUGUGUCUUCUUCUCAUGUGUCUUCUUCUCAUGUGUCUUCUUCUCAUGUGUCUUCUUCUCAUGUGUCUUCUUCUCAUGUGUCUUCUUCUCAUGUGUCUUCUUCUCAUGUGUCUUCUUCUCAUGUGUCUUCUUCUCAUGUGUCUUCUUCUCAUGUGUCUUCUUCUCAUGUGUCUUCUUCUCAUGUGUCUUCUUCUCAUGUGUCUUCUUCUCAUGUGUCUUCUUCUCAUGUGUCUUCUUCUCAUGUGUCUUCUUCUCAUGUGUCUUCUUCUCAUGUGUCUUCUUCUCAUGUGUCUUCUUCUCAUGUGUCUUCUUCUCAUGUGUCUUCUUCUCAUGUGUCUUCUUCUCAUGUGUCUUCUUCUCAUGUGUCUUCUUCUCAUGUGUCUUCUUCUCAUGUGUCUUCUUCUCAUGUGUCUUCUUCUCAUGUGUCUUCUUCUCAUGUGUCUUCUUCUCAUGUGUCUUCUUCUCAUGUGUCUUCUUCUCAUGUGUCUUCUUCUCAUGUGUCUUCUUCUCAUGUGUCUUCUUCUCAUGUGUCUUCUUCUCAUGUGUCUUCUUCUCAUGUGUCUUCUUCUCAUGUGUCUUCUUCUCAUGUGUCUUCUUCUCAUGUGUCUUCUUCUCAUGUGUCUUCUUCUCAUGUGUCUUCUUCUCAUGUGUCUUCUUCUCAUGUGUCUUCUUCUCAUGUGUCUUCUUCUCAUGUGUCUUCUUCUCAUGUGUCUUCUUCUCAUGUGUCUUCUUCUCAUGUGUCUUCUUCUCAUGUGUCUUCUUCUCAUGUGUCUUCUUCUCAUGUGUCUUCUUCUCAUGUGUCUUCUUCUCAUGUGUCUUCUUCUCAUGUGUCUUCUUCUCAUGUGUCUUCUUCUCAUGUGUCUUCUUCUCAUGUGUCUUCUUCUCAUGUGUCUUCUUCUCAUGUGUCUUCUUCUCAUGUGUCUUCUUCUCAUGUGUCUUCUUCUCAUGUGUCUUCUUCUCAUGUGUCUUCUUCUCAUGUGUCUUCUUCUCAUGUGUCUUCUUCUCAUGUGUCUUCUUCUCAUGUGUCUUCUUCUCAUGUGUCUUCUUCUCAUGUGUCUUCUUCUCAUGUGUCUUCUUCUCAUGUGUCUUCUUCUCAUGUGUCUUCUUCUCAUGUGUCUUCUUCUCAUGUGUCUUCUUCUCAUGUGUCUUCUUCUCAUGUGUCUUCUUCUCAUGUGUCUUCUUCUCAUGUGUCUUCUUCUCAUGUGUCUUCUUCUCAUGUGUCUUCUUCUCAUGUGUCUUCUUCUCAUGUGUCUUCUUCUCAUGUGUCUUCUUCUCAUGUGUCUUCUUCUCAUGUGUCUUCUUCUCAUGUGUCUUCUUCUCAUGUGUCUUCUUCUCAUGUGUCUUCUUCUCAUGUGUCUUCUUCUCAUGUGUCUUCUUCUCAUGUGUCUUCUUCUCAUGUGUCUUCUUCUCAUGUGUCUUCUUCUCAUGUGUCUUCUUCUCAUGUGUCUUCUUCUCAUGUGUCUUCUUCUCAUGUGUCUUCUUCUCAUGUGUCUUCUUCUCAUGUGUCUUCUUCUCAUGUGUCUUCUUCUCAUGUGUCUUCUUCUCAUGUGUCUUCUUCUCAUGUGUCUUCUUCUCAUGUGUCUUCUUCUCAUGUGUCUUCUUCUCAUGUGUCUUCUUCUCAUGUGUCUUCUUCUCAUGUGUCUUCUUCUCAUGUGUCUUCUUCUCAUGUGUCUUCUUCUCAUGUGUCUUCUUCUCAUGUGUCUUCUUCUCAUGUGUCUUCUUCUCAUGUGUCUUCUUCUCAUGUGUCUUCUUCUCAUGUGUCUUCUUCUCAUGUGUCUUCUUCUCAUGUGUCUUCUUCUCAUGUGUCUUCUUCUCAUGUGUCUUCUUCUCAUGUGUCUUCUUCUCAUGUGUCUUCUUCUCAUGUGUCUUCUUCUCAUGUGUCUUCUUCUCAUGUGUCUUCUUCUCAUGUGUCUUCUUCUCAUGUGUCUUCUUCUCAUGUGUCUUCUUCUCAUGUGUCUUCUUCUCAUGUGUCUUCUUCUCAUGUGUCUUCUUCUCAUGUGUCUUCUUCUCAUGUGUCUUCUUCUCAUGUGUCUUCUUCUCAUGUGUCUUCUUCUCAUGUGUCUUCUUCUCAUGUGUCUUCUUCUCAUGUGUCUUCUUCUCAUGUGUCUUCUUCUCAUGUGUCUUCUUCUCAUGUGUCUUCUUCUCAUGUGUCUUCUUCUCAUGUGUCUUCUUCUCAUGUGUCUUCUUCUCAUGUGUCUUCUUCUCAUGUGUCUUCUUCUCAUGUGUCUUCUUCUCAUGUGUCUUCUUCUCAUGUGUCUUCUUCUCAUGUGUCUUCUUCUCAUGUGUCUUCUUCUCAUGUGUCUUCUUCUCAUGUGUCUUCUUCUCAUGUGUCUUCUUCUCAUGUGUCUUCUUCUCAUGUGUCUUCUUCUCAUGUGUCUUCUUCUCAUGUGUCUUCUUCUCAUGUGUCUUCUUCUCAUGUGUCUUCUUCUCAUGUGUCUUCUUCUCAUGUGUCUUCUUCUCAUGUGUCUUCUUCUCAUGUGUCUUCUUCUCAUGUGUCUUCUUCUCAUGUGUCUUCUUCUCAUGUGUAUUCUUCUCAUGUGUCUUCUUCUCAUGUGUCCUUCUUCUCAUGUGUCUUCUUCUCAUGUGUCCUUCUUCUCAUGUGUCUUCUCUCAUGUGUCUUCUUCUCAUGUGUCCUUCAUCUCUGGUGUCCUUCUUCUCAUGUGUCUUCUUCUCAUGUGUCUUCUUCUCAUUGCUUCUUUCUCAUGUGUCUUCUUCUCAUGUGUCCCUUCUUCUCAUGUGUCUUCUUCUCAUGUGUCUUCUUCUCAUGUGUCUUCUUCUCAUGUGUCUUCUUCUCAUGUGUCUUCUUCUCAUGUGUCUUUCUUCUCAUGCUGUCUUCUUCUCAUGUGUCUUCUUCUCAUGUGUCUUCUUUCUCAUGUGUCUUCUUCUCAUGUUCUUCUUCUCAUGUGUCUGUCUUCUCAUGUGUCGUCUUCUCAUGUGUCUUCUUCUCAUGUGUCUUCCUUCUCAUGUGUCUUCCUUCUUCUCAUGUGUCUUCUUCUCAUGUGUCUUCUCUCAUGUGUCUUCUUCUCAUGUUGUCUUCUUCUCACUGUGUCUUCUUCUCAUGUGUCUUCUUCUCAUGUGUCUCUCUUCUCAUGUGUCUUCUUCUCAUGUGUCUUCUUCUCAUGUGUCUUCUUCUCAUGUGUCUUCUUCUCAUGUGUCUUCUUCUCAUGUGUCUUCUCUCAUGUGUCUUCUUCUCAUGUGUCUUCUUCUCAUGUGUCUUCUUCUCAUGUGUCUUCUUCUCAUGUGUCUUCUUCUCAUGUGUCUUCUUCUCAUGUGUCUUCUUCUCAUGUGUCUUCUUCUCAUGUGUCUUCUUCUCAUGUGUCUUCUUCUCAUGUGUCUUCUUCUCAUGUGUCUUCUUCUCAUGUGUCUUCUGCUCAUGUGUCUUCUUCUCAUGUGUCUUCUUUCUCAUGUGUCUUCUUCUCAUGUGUCUUCUUCUCAUGUGUCUUCUUCUCAUGUGUUCUUCUUCUCAUGUGUCUUUCUUCUCAUGUGUCUUCUUCUCAUGUGUCUUCUUCUCAUGUGUCUUCUUCUCAUGUGUCUUCUUCUCAUGUGUCUUCUUCUCAUGUGUCUUCUUCUCAUGUGUCUUCUUCUCAUGUGUCUUCUUCUCAUGUGUCUUCUUCUCAUGUGUCUUCUUCUCCUGUGUCUUCUUCUCAUGUGUCUUCUUCUCAUGUGUCUUCUUCUCAUGUGUCUUCUUCUCAUGUGUCUUCUUCUCAUGUGUCUUCUUCUCAUGUGUCUUCUUCUCAUGUGUCUUCUUCUCAUGUGUCUUCUUCUCAUGUGUCUUCUUCUCAUGUGUCUUCUUCUCAUGUGUCUUCUUCUCAUGUGUCUUCUUCUCAUGUGUCUUCUUCUCAUGUGUCUUCUUCUCAUGUGUCUUCUUCUCAUGUGUCUUCUUCUCAUGUGUCUUCUUCUCAUGUGUCUUCUUCUCAUGUGUCUUCUUCUCAUGUGUCUUCUUCUCAUGUGUCUUCUUCUCAUGUGUCUUCUUCUCAUGUGUCUUCUUCUCAUGUGUCUUCUUCUCAUGUGUCUUCUUCUCAUGUGUCUUCUUCUCAUGUGUCUUCUUCUCAUGUGUCUUCUUCUCAUGUGUCUUCUUCUCAUGUGUCUUCUUCUCAUGUGUCUUCUUCUCAUGUGUCUUCUUCUCAUGUGUCUUCUUCUCAUGUGUCUUCUUCUCAUGUGUCUUCUUCUCAUGUGUCUUCUUCUCAUGUGUCUUCUUCUCAUGUGUCUUCUUCUCAUGUGUCUUCUUCUCAUGUGUCUUCUUCUCAUGUGUCUUCUUCUCAUGUGUCUUCUUCUCAUGUGUCUUCUUCUCAUGUGUCUUCUUCUCAUGUGUCUUCUUCUCAUGUGUCUUCUUCUCAUGUGUCUUCUUCUCAUGUGUCUUCUUCUCAUGUGUCUUCUUCUCAUGUGUCUUCUUCUCAUGUGUCUUCUUCUCAUGUGUCUUCUUCUCAUGUGUCUUCUUCUCAUGUGUCUUCUUCUCAUGUGUCUUCUUCUCAUGUGUCUUCUUCUCAUGUGUCUUCUUCUCAUGUGUCUUCUUCUCAUGUGUCUUCUUCUCAUGUGUCUUCUUCUCAUGUGUCUUCUUCUCAUGUGUCUUCUUCUCAUGUGUCUUCUUCUCAUGUGUCUUCUUCUCAUGUGUCUUCUUCUCAUGUGUCUUCUUCUCAUGUGUCUUCUUCUCAUGUGUCUUCUUCUCAUGUGUCUUCUUCUCAUGUGUCUUCUUCUCAUGUGUCUUCUUCUCAUGUGUCUUCUUCUCAUGUGUCUUCUUCUCAUGUGUCUUCUUCUCAUGUGUCUUCUUCUCAUGUGUCUUCUUCUCAUGUGUCUUCUUCUCAUGUGUCUUCUUCUCAUGUGUCUUCUUCUCAUGUGUCUUCUUCUCAUGUGUCUUCUUCUCAUGUGUCUUCUUCUCAUGUGUCUUCUUCUCAUGUGUCUUCUUCUCAUGUGUCUUCUUCUCAUGUGUCUUCUUCUCAUGUGUCUUCUUCUCAUGUGUCUUCUUCUCAUGUGUCUUCUUCUCAUGUGUCUUCUUCUCAUGUGUCUUCUUCUCAUGUGUCUUCUUCUCAUGUGUCUUCUUCUCAUGUGUCUUCUUCUCAUGUGUCUUCUUCUCAUGUGUCUUCUUCUCAUGUGUCUUCUUCUCAUGUGUCUUCUUCUCAUGUGUCUUCUUCUCAUGUGUCUUCUUCUCAUGUGUCUUCUUCUCAUGUGUCUUCUUCUCAUGUGUCUUCUUCUCAUGUGUCUUCUUCUCAUGUGUCUUCUUCUCAUGUGUCUUCUUCUCAUGUGUCUUCUUCUCAUGUGUCUUCUUCUCAUGUGUCUUCUUCUCAUGUGUCUUCUUCUCAUGUGUCUUCUUCUCAUGUGUCUUCUUCUCAUGUGUCUUCUUCUCAUGUGUCUUCUUCUCAUGUGUCUUCUUCUCAUGUGUCUUCUUCUCAUGUGUCUUCUUCUCAUGUGUCUUCUUCUCAUGUGUCUUCUUCUCAUGUGUCUUCUUCUCAUGUGUCUUCUUCUCAUGUGUCUUCUUCUCAUGUGUCUUCUUCUCAUGUGUCUUCUUCUCAUGUGUCUUCUUCUCAUGUGUCUUCUUCUCAUGUGUCUUCUUCUCAUGUGUCUUCUUCUCAUGUGUCUUCUUCUCAUGUGUCUUCUUCUCAUGUGUCUUCUUCUCAUGUGUCUUCUUCUCAUGUGUCUUCUUCUCAUGUGUCUUCUUCUCAUGUGUCUUCUUCUCAUGUGUCUUCUUCUCAUGUGUCUUCUUCUCAUGUGUCUUCUUCUCAUGUGUCUUCUUCUCAUGUGUCUUCUUCUCAUGUGUCUUCUUCUCAUGUGUCUUCUUCUCAUGUGUCUUCUUCUCAUGUGUCUUCUUCUCAUGUGUCUUCUUCUCAUGUGUCUUCUUCUCAUGUGUCUUCUUCUCAUGUGUCUUCUUCUCAUGUGUCUUCUUCUCAUGUGUCUUCUUCUCAUGUGUCUUCUUCUCAUGUGUCUUCUUCUCAUGUGUCUUCUUCUCAUGUGUCUUCUUCUCAUGUGUCUUCUUCUCAUGUGUCUUCUUCUCAUGUGUCUUCUUCUCAUGUGUCUUCUUCUCAUGUGUCUUCUUCUCAUGUGUCUUCUUCUCAUGUGUCUUCUUCUCAUGUGUCUUCUUCUCAUGUGUCUUCUUCUCAUGUGUCUUCUUCUCAUGUGUCUUCUUCUCAUGUGUCUUCUUCUCAUGUGUCUUCUUCUCAUGUGUCUUCUUCUCAUGUGUCUUCUUCUCAUGUGUCUUCUUCUCAUGUGUCUUCUUCUCAUGUGUCUUCUUCUCAUGUGUCUUCUUCUCAUGUGUCUUCUUCUCAUGUGUCUUCUUCUCAUGUGUCUUCUUCUCAUGUGUCUUCUUCUCAUGUGUCUUCUUCUCAUGUGUCUUCUUCUCAUGUGUCUUCUUCUCAUGUGUCUUCUUCUCAUGUGUCUUCUUCUCAUGUGUCUUCUUCUCAUGUGUCUUCUUCUCAUGUGUCUUCUUCUCAUGUGUCUUCUUCUCAUGUGUCUUCUUCUCAUGUGUCUUCUUCUCAUGUGUCUUCUUCUCAUGUGUCUUCUUCUCAUGUGUCUUCUUCUCAUGUGUCUUCUUCUCAUGUGUCUUCUUCUCAUGUGUCUUCUUCUCAUGUGUCUUCUUCUCAUGUGUCUUCUUCUCAUGUGUCUUCUUCUCAUGUGUCUUCUUCUCAUGUGUCUUCUUCUCAUGUGUCUUCUUCUCAUGUGUCUUCUUCUCAUGUGUCUUCUUCUCAUGUGUCUUCUUCUCAUGUGUCUUCUUCUCAUGUGUCUUCUUCUCAUGUGUCUUCUUCUCAUGUGUCUUCUUCUCAUGUGUCUUCUUCUCAUGUGUCUUCUUCUCAUGUGUCUUCUUCUCAUGUGUCUUCUUCUCAUGUGUCUUCUUCUCAUGUGUCUUCUUCUCAUGUGUCUUCUUCUCAUGUGUCUUCUUCUCAUGUGUCUUCUUCUCAUGUGUCUUCUUCUCAUGUGUCUUCUUCUCAUGUGUCUUCUUCUCAUGUGUCUUCUUCUCAUGUGUCUUCUUCUCAUGUGUCUUCUUCUCAUGUGUCUUCUUCUCAUGUGUCUUCUUCUCAUGUGUCUUCUUCUCAUGUGUCUUCUUCUCAUGUGUCUUCUUCUCAUGUGUCUUCUUCUCAUGUGUCUUCUUCUCAUGUGUCUUCUUCUCAUGUGUCUUCUUCUCAUGUGUCUUCUUCUCAUGUGUCUUCUUCUCAUGUGUCUUCUUCUCAUUGUCUUCUUCUCAUGUGUCUGCUUCUCAUGUGUCUUCUUCUCAUGUGUCUUCUUCUCAUGUGUCUUUCUUUCUCUUAUGUGUCUUCUUCUCAUGUGUCUUCUUCUCAUGUGUCUUCUUCUCAUGUGUCUUCUUCUCAUGUGUCUUCUUCUCAUGUGUCUUCUUCUCAUGUGUCUUCUUCUCAUGUGUCUUCUUCUCAUGUGUCUUCUUCUCAUGUGUCUUCUUCUCAUGUGUCUUCUCUCAUGUUGUCUUCUUCUCAUGUGUCUUCUUCUCAUUGUGUCUUCUUCUCAUGUGUCUUCUUCUCCAUGUGUCUUCUUCUCAUGUGUCUUCUUCUCAUGUGUCUUCUUCUCAUGUGUCUUUCUUCUCAUGUGUCUUCUUCUCAUGUGUCUUCUAUUGUGUCUUCUUCUCAUGUGUCUUCUUCUCAUGUGUCUUCUUCUCAUGUGUCUUCUUCUCAUGUGUCUUCUUCUCAUGUGUCUUCUUCUCAUGUGUCUUCUUCUCAUGUGUCUUCUUCUCAUGUGUCUUCUUCUCAUGUGUCUUCUUCUCAUGUGUCUUCUUCUCAUGUGUCUUCUUCUCAUGUGUCUUCUUCUCAUGUGUCUUCUUCUCAUGUGUCUUCUUCUCAUGUGUCUUCUUCUCAUGUGUCUUCUUCUCAUGUGUCUUCUUCUCAUGUGUCUUCUUCUCAUGUGUCUUCUUCUCAUGUGUCUUCUUCUCAUGUGUCUUCUUCUCAUGUGUCUUCUUCUCAUGUGUCUUCUUCUCAUGUGUCUUCUUCUCAUGUGUCUUCUUCUCAUGUGUCUUCUUCUCAUGUGUCUUCUUCUCAUGUGUCUUCUUCUCAUGUGUCUUCUUCUCAUGUGUCUUCUUCUCAUGUGUCUUCUUCUCAUGUGUCUUCUUCUCAUGUGUCUUCUUCUCAUGUGUCUUCUUCUCAUGUGUCUUCUUCUCAUGUGUCUUCUUCUCAUGUGUCUUCUUCUCAUGUGUCUUCUUCUCAUGUGUCUUCUUCUCAUGUGUCUUCUUCUCAUGUGUCUUCUUCUCAUGUGUCUUCUUCUCAUGUGUCUUCUUCUCAUGUGUCUUCUUCUCAUGUGUCUUCUUCUCAUGUGUCUUCUUCUCAUGUGUCUUCUUCUCAUGUGUCUUCUUCUCAUGUGUCUUCUUCUCAUGUGUCUUCUUCUCAUGUGUCUUCUUCUCAUGUGUCUUCUUCUCAUGUGUCUUCUUCUCAUGUGUCUUCUUCUCAUGUUCCUUCUUCUCAUGUGUCUUCUUCUCAUGUGUCUUCUUCUCAUGUGUCUUCUUCUCAUGUGUCUUCUUCUCAUGUGUCUUCUUCUCAUGUGUCUUCUUCUCAUGUGUCUUCUUCUCAUGUGUCUUCUUCUCAUGUGUCUUCUUCUCAUGUGUCUUCUUCUCAUGUGUCUUCUUCUCAUGUGUCUUCUUCUCAUGUGUCUUCUUCUCAUGUGUCUUCUUCUCAUGUGUCUUCUUCUCAUGUGUCUUCUUCUCAUGUGUCUUCUUCUCAUGUGUCUUCUUCUCAUGUGUCUUCUUCUCAUGUGUCUUCUUCUCAUGUGUCUUCUUCUCAUGUGUCUUCUUCUCAUGUGUCUUCUUCUCAUGUGUCGUGUCUUCUACUUCACCCACCCGCACGUGUGGUCCUCCAGAUUGGGUACCAGCCGCACCACCAGACGACUCGCCGUCCACGCACGUGCGCGUCCUCACUGGCCUUGCAUCACGAAGCAUCCAGGAAGAGGUGUGGGCGAAUGGUGGUGCGGAAGGGAAGGGGCGGGGGCCAGCAGCAAGGGCGGAGAGUGCUUGUCGCUGUAGCAGCCAAAGUCGCAUCCACGGAGGUGCCGUUGCUGCUGCAUCUGCUGCCGUUGCAGUUGCUGCUGCUGCUGCUGCUGCUGCUGCUGCUGCUGCCACUCCUGCUGCUGCUGCUCGUGCUGCAAUUGAUGCCGAUGCUGCCAAUGCUGCUGUUGCGUUUCCCUCCACCCUUUCAUUGGCUGCAGCAGCAGCUGCUGUGUUGGCUGCUGCGAUGCUCGUGGUUGUAGCUGGGGUGAUUCAGCAUUUGCAGGUGUAG